AUGCCCCUGUUCGCUGCCCUGCCACCGGGAUUGCGUCGCCUUCAUUCCUCUGGUUCACUCCUCCUUAGCAAAGGCAACAGCGCCACCGCCGAGGCUUCCGCCAAGGGCAACAUCGUAGACGAUGACCUUGUCGAGCCCAAUCACAUCGACCCACGCAUCAUCACCUUCUUGACAGCCGCUGACGCCGCCUGCGCCGAUGGGGCCGACUUCACCUCAAGCCAGCGCAUCUGGAGCAACACGGGUGGGUACACGCCCGAAAGUACAGCUACUGAGUCCAAGGGACAGCCCCGUCGCUGGUUGCUUCGAUACCUUCCGAUGCCCUCGCUUCGAUGCUUCCUUCCUUGUUUCCCUUCAUGGUGUCGCGAUACCACCAACGAGCAAGACGACGACCGCCAGCGCGACCUGCUUGCCCCUUCGCCCACGUCGUUGCCGCUUGGCUACCCGUACUCGAAUCAAGGCAAAGGCACUCCCAUCGUCGCUCAAACCAAGCCAAGUCGCUCCUUCUCUCUUCCUUUCCUGUGGAGCAGGAAGACAGCCAACAACAUGUCAGGCACAGCCACUACCACCACAUCGCCGGUCACAACAACUGAGAGCGGCUCUCCCAUCGAACCCACUCAACAGCGUCUCUCCCUCAAUCUCGUUCGACCGAGCAUCGAUGUUGAUCUCAGCGGCCUCUUCGACACUUCGUGCGCCAUUCAGUCUAGCGAAGGGGUGCCUGCUGCACUCUUGCCUUCUUUACCUUCGGCCAAGGUGAGGCAUGAGGAGGUGCUGCUCACCUCUGGAGAUGGGCUACCCGUCUGGGCGAGCAAGAGUGUGCUGGAGGGCUACGAAGAGGCAAAGUACCAAGCCCUCAUGUUCAUCCACGGCCUCACCUUCACCAGCGACUCUACCUGGGCUCACAUCCUCUCCGACGUCAACUUCCACCGCUCACUACUCGUACCCGCUAGCAAAGACAGCACAGCGGCCGAAGCUCAUUGGCUCGCACGCCCCCUCAUCCGCUAUGAUCUCCGUCAUCACGGCCGCUCUGUCGCCUCCGACACGCCCAGUACCACGGCUGCUGCAUCGCACCCGAUCAGCUCGCCCAACCUGCAUCGGUGGCACAGUGAGUACGGAUAUCGUCGCCGCCGCAUUGGCUUCCCCGGAUCAGGCUAG